CGGCAAGCAUCGGUCCUGAUGGCGAACUCAAGCUCGACGUGUAAUGUCACAUACGUGCAUACUAUAUACGUCAAGUGGCAGCAUGUUCUCCCCGGCGUGCCUUACCUAGCCACCUAGCAUGCAAAGAGAAGCCAGGGCAAGCAGGGGGUCGGGGCAGGGCAGACAUGAUCCGGCAUCUACCCGGGCCACCCCUGCUCUCGUCUAUCUUCUCCAUGCUGUCUAGCCCCACGAUGUUUUCCGACGUCUUUUUUCUUCCCACCUACCCAUGGAACGUCAAAAGUAGGAAAGGAUUUUCACACACCUCUCGGCACUCUGAUCGGCUUGCAGUAGUCUCGCUCCCAGCCCUGUCACUUUCCACGCUCCAUGCCUUCCCCUUUGUUUAUCUGCGCCCUGCUUCGCCACUUAUACAGUAUACACGCCUCCUCCAAGACGCUGGUGGUUACCUUUGCUGUUGUUGGGCACAAAAGGGCCCCGGGACGCGGGCGGGUGUACAUCAAUCAGACCACCCUCGUUACGUCUCCCCGAGCCGUACAGAACUAGACCUGGUCUGCCCUCUUGCAGGCUCUGUGGCUCUUCGUCGCCACCCUGAUCGCGGACAAGGGGCUCAUCCUCGUCAGCCUAGUUCCUCACAAGCCACAUCGACUACCGCCCGCCAUCAUAUACGGUGUUAGCCUCGGGCAGGCCGCGUGCCAGACCCAUCAUAUACGUCGCCCUCUAGCAUUUUCCCCCCUUGGCUGAGUGGGUGCUCUACAAACUUGGCAUUGGGGACUUGCCGGGCUGCACCUGGCACGCGAGAAAGCAACCGCGCCUUCUAGUGUGCGAAGUUGUUCUGGGAGACUCUUCCCUGGUCAACCGGACAAGCAGUUACGAAAAGAAAGACGUGGCCUGAGCCGCUGUGGCGAACCCGAUUCGACUCGGUGCACAGCGGCCGGUAGCCAGCCAGUUAUUAUCUCUCGGGACGCCGCACCGCCCUGCGACAAGCAUCCUCCGGGGUUGACCGCUUGCGCAUCAGCCACAAUAUCCCCCGGGACAUUGCGUCCAACCCGCAUGGUCUCCCGAGACUCGAUUUCCACAGGGCUAUCCAACCACCUUCUCCACCGGCACAACAACCUAGACAGCACACACCUUUAGACCUAGCAUCACCCAGCCAGCGCCAGCUGGUACACGCUCCUCCACCCUUGAAAGCCCACUUCACUCCUCCGUGCCAGGCCCCAUAAACCCCCCUCCCUGGUCGGAGGGUUCUCUGCGUCGAGAUUGGGUGACGGCGUCAGCCGAUUACCCGUAAGGAAAGAGUCUGGAGGAUCAAAGGGAAUUCGCAAGCCCGGGUCCCACACAACAGUCCGCUCAGAGGCGAUAUCCGCCGGGGGUUCUUCAGGUAAACCUCGCUCGCCCAUUAUUAAUCUCUGGCAUCACUCACAGCCUGUCAGAGCCGGCCACGCCUAGCCGUAUACUGCCACCUCACGGCGAAGGUCUGCCCGGAAACGCUUGCUCUUCUCAGGCCACGGGUUCCUAGGAACCGCCGCGCCGGCUCCUAACCGCAAACGUUGCUAUUCCCCCCUGUGCACGCGGCCAAAGGGUUUUGGACGCCGUAUAUUAUUUUACUCCUUCUUCCCUUGUGCACCCACAGCAAUUUCGCGCGCUUUCAUUUGAGCCCUCCCCCAAACUCACACCAUUCCUCCCCUGUGCCCUUUUUAUUUCGCUCUCUGGACCGAUCCCGGACGUUCGCUAGACUCUUGGAGCCGCCACAUCACCGCCACUUUCCUUGCUGCCGUCUCGCCCUUUCCUUGUUCCAACUAGCUCUCCAACAAGACAGCCCCUAUGCCAAUGAGUGAUAAUACACCCACCCUAGGCCCAGCAGACGAGUUUUCGGCGGCCACCACGGAUAUACGCCACGCGGAGGUCCAGGGAAAGGUGGCAUACUCGCUACCGGCUUCGGAAUCUGCCCUCGCGGCCCAAUUUCUACAUCAACAGUACGGAAACCCACACCCACACCACCAUCAGCAUCAGCAACACCAGCAUGCUUUUGCAUCCCAGUACGACAUGACUACACAAACGCAAAGCCCUGGACGCGGACAGCCGGGUCCCUACGGCAUGUCCGCUAUGAUGCACUCACUACCACACGCAAACUUCCGACCUGGGCAGCGGUUCAGCCCGCCGGCGCCUGGCGCAGGAGCCCAACCUAUGCCGCACAUGUCACCCUAUAUGGGCCCUACUCCCAUGAGCCCUCCGCCAGGCCCUCCGUACUAUAUGCAUCAAAACGGCCAUAUACAGCCAUACUACGGACCACCACCCCCAGCGGCUCAACACCAGCAGCAUCCGCAGCAGCAUCCACAGCAGCAGCAGCAGCAGCAGCACCGGCAGCAGCACCAACAGCAGCAUCUGCACCAGCAUCAGCAACAGGAUGGUAUGCCGGCUCGGGCCAACGCAGCCUAUUACCCGCAACAGGCUGUCCAUCCACAGUACUACUAUCACCACGGGGGCCAAUUUGCAAACCAUGCACCGAUGAUGCAGAACCCUAUGCCAUCUGCGAACUAUCUCCAGUCAGGACCCCAGCAUAGCAGUGCCCGGAUUGCGCAGAAGCGGACUGUAGAGCAGAGUACUGCCACGAAAGCCUCUCAGCCACCUGCUCAGCCUGAAGGUCACGCCAUCUGGAUCGGCAACUUACCCCCGCAAACCGAACUCAUGAGCCUCGUAUACCACGUCUGCAAGGAGGCGCCGGGCCUCGAAUCCCUAUUUUUGAUCUCCAAGAGCAACUGUGCUUUCGCCAACUACAAGGACGAGCCUGCGUGCGUGACGGCACAACAGAAGAUCCAUGACUCCAAGUUCCAGUCUGUGAGACUCGUGAGUCGCCUGCGGAAGAACACUGUCGAAGGGGCUUCAGGAAUCACCGCUCCCACUGCCCCUUCGGCCUCCACUCCCCAGUCGCUGUCGUCUCAGGAUAAGACGGGUGAUGGGCUCUCUUCCGGUCCAUCCAUGGCUGCGGCUACACCCGGUCUGGAUCUCUCAGAGGUUGCUGGGGCGACCCCGGAUCCCUUGGCAUCCGCGGAGCCUACUGGGCCGGCGGCGGCGACAGGAAACGCAUCGCAACCUCAAAAGGACAAAUAUUUCAUCCUGAAGAGCUUGACUGUGGAAGACUUGGAGCAGAGCAUCAAGACGGGUAUUUGGGCGACGCAAUCACACAACGAAAAGGCCCUGAACAAUGCUUUCCAGGCGAAAAGGGUUUAUCUCAUUUUCUCGGCCAACAAAUCUGGAGAGUAUUUCGGAUACGCGCGUAUGACGUCCCAGAUCAACGAGGAUCCUGCCGCAGCUAUCGAAUUCGGACCCAAGUCGCAGUCAGUAAUCGAUGUGGGCCUCCCGAAGGCCAUCCCGACGGAAGCGAACGAGUUCAUGCCCAUGGGCAGCAUUAUGGAUGACUCGGAGAGAGGGACGAUAUUCUGGGAAGCCGAGACAGGUGAGGACGCCGAAGACGAGGAAUACCAGCCUAUAAACGUCAAGAGCGCUGGUGGCGAGCCCGCCGACACCAAGGCUUGGGGUAAACCAUUUCACCUGGAGUGGGUGAGCACAGCGCGGCUGCCCUUCUACCGCACCAGAGGGCUGAGAAACCCGUGGAACUCCAACAAGGAAAUCAAGAUUGCACGCGAUGGUACAGAACUGGAGCCGUCGGUCGGCAGGAAGCUCAUUGGCUUGUUCUCGCCUGGGGUGCAGAGUCCGUCUGUUGCUGCUGCCAGAUUAGGCACGAGACAGCAGCAGAUACGCAUGGCAUCGGGGUACCCACCAGCACGACCGGCCUAUCAACAAUGA